UCUUUUGAGCGGCGCACGUGGAGCAAAAUCAAAGUGCUCACGUUUUCCUCGACUUCUGCUCCAAAAACCGGAUAAAUUAAGUUAAAAACAUGGGACGCAAGGCGGAAUACAGUGAAAAACCGAAAAAGGGACCUGGCCGCAAGGCGCGCAAACAGGGACCGCCUGUAUUUCGCAAGCAAUCGUUUGCUCCCCAAGAGGAAGACGAUAAGAAGCUAUCCCACCGACAGAAGCAGCGGUUCGUCAAGCGGGAGCAAAAAAUAGUCCAAAAAGCCAAACUGCAGGAAAAGCGGGCCAAGGGAAAACAGCCCCAACCAGCUAAGCGGAAAACGGCCUAUAACAGCGAUAGUGAGCCAGAGAACGAGGAGGAACGAGUGGAGCAGCAGCAGCAGGAGGCUUCCUCCGACGAGGAGGUGCCCCAACUGGUGCCGGCUCCCAAGAGCCAGAAAUCCAAGGCUCCCAAAGGCUUCACAGAUGACAACGAUGACUGGCUGAAGCCCAAAAAACAGCAGAAACAAGUGAAGCAACCAGAAUCUGAGUCCGACGAAGACGAAGAAGAGGAUGAAGAUGAGGAGCUGGAGGAGGACUCUGAUGCUGAACUGGAAGACGAUUCCGAGGGCGAGGAUGACUUGGAAGCAGAAGAGUCCGGCGAGGAAGAGGACGAUGAGGAGGAAGAGGACUCCGAAGAUGACACCGCCCAAGUCGGCAAGCUGGGCGAUCUCUCCGAUGACGAUGGGGUCAACUCCGACGAUGACUUUGAUAUUUCCGGCGAGGAAGAUGGGGCCGAAGCAGAAAGCGAUGGGGAUGAUGAUGAGGACGACGACGAUGAUGAUGACGACAAGUUGCCCAUCGAGCGCGCCAACAAGAAGCUGAAAAAGCGCGAGGCCAAGGAAGCGCAGCUUGCUGACGAAGAAAUGCUCGAAACUGUUGACCGACAGGAUGUUUUCCAGCUGCCCACCGAAGGCGAAGAGACCGAGAAGGAUCUUACUUUGCAGGAGGUGCAGCAGCGCAUUAAGGACGUCAGCUUGGUCCUUUCGGACUUUAAAAAGUACCGCCAGCCGGAUCGGUCCCGCGGGGAGUACAUCGAUUUGCUGCGCAGGGAUCUGUGCCUUUACUACAGCUACAAUGAGUUUUUGAUGGAGAAGCUGAUGGACAUGUUUCCGUUGACUGAGCUCAUGGAGUAUUUGGAGGCCUCAGAGGUCGCUCGUCCAUUAACCAUUCGCACGAACACUCUAAAAACGCGUCGUCGGGAAUUAGCUGGUGCUCUAAUCAAUCGUGGCGUCAAUUUGGAUCCCCUGGGCAAGUGGACUAAGGUCGGAUUGGUGGUUUUCAACUCGCAGGUGCCCCUGGGUGCCACUCCAGAGUAUCUGGCCGGUCACUAUAUGAUCCAGGGUGCCUCUUCGCUGCUGCCUGUAAUGGCACUCGCCCCGCAGGAGAACGAACGCAUUCUGGACAUGUGCUCUGCCCCUGGUGGCAAGGGAUCCCACAUCGCCUCCAUAAUGAAGAACACUGGUGUGCUGUUCGCGAACGAUUUCAACAGGGAUCGUAUCAAGGCCGUUGUGGCCAAUUUCCAUCGGCUGGGAAUUGUAAAUGCGGUGGUUAGCUGUGAAGAUGGCACCAAAUUCCGGAAUAUUAUGACUGGCUUUGAUCGAGUUCUGCUGGAUGCUCCUUGCACAGGCUCUGGCGUCGUCUCUAAGGAUCCCAGUGUGAAGACCACCAAGUCGGAAGUGGAUGUUCAGCGGUGCUACAACCUGCAAAGGAAACUCCUGCUCACAGCCAUCGAUUGUACGGACGCAAAAUCGUCGAGCGGUGGCUAUAUUGUCUACUCCACCUGCUCUGUGCUUCCUGAGGAGAACGAAUGGGUAAUCGAUUACGCGCUAAAGAAGAGAAAUGUGAAGCUAGUGCCCACUGGCCUUGACUUUGGCGUCGAGGGCUUCACCAAGUUCCGGCAGCAUCGGUUCCAUCCCAGCUUAAACCUCACCAAACGCUACUAUCCGCACACCCACAACAUGGACGGAUUCUACGUUGCCAAGCUGAAGAAGUUCUCCAACACCAUACCAAUUACCAAGGAGCAACAGGAGGAGGAUGAGAAGCAGCUGGACGAGGCCAUCGAGGCUGCAGCCACCACAGAAACGGCGGAAGAGAAUGAAGACGAGGAGGCGAAGGAUAAGGGUCCUCGAAAACUUCUGGGCAAGCGAGCCGGCAAACCAAGUUACACCGAAAUCGAGAAGGAGCUUAAGAAGAAAAAGCGGGAGGAAAGCAAGACGAAGUAUGUGGCCAAGGUGUUUGAGCAGCCCGUGAAGGCGCCUAAAAAGCCAAAGCCCGAGAAGCCGCAGCAGAAAAAGGAGAAGAACUCCCAGGUACCAGAAGAGAAAACAAAUGAAAACGAGGGAUCCUCCAAGUCGACGGAUAAGAAGACGACUCAAGUCAAUGGCAACGCUCCAGCUCCUAAGGCAGGUGCCAAAACAUUUAAGAAAAAAGGCGAACAAGCAGUCAAUGGUAAAGGUUCAGCACCAAAGCCUGUGGACAAAAAGGAAAAAGUCAAUGGCACAAGUUCACCUGCCAAGAAAACGGCAAAGGAACCCAAAGCGAAACCCCAGGCAAAGGUAGAACAGCCAGCAAAGGCCAAGGCAUCCAAAUUGGCCAAGGCACCAAGAGUGGAUAUAGAUGAUGUGCCCGUUCUGGAGGGCAAGCCCAUUAAAAAGCAAAACAAGCUAAAGCAAAAAUCCAAGCAGAUCGGCCAGCUGAAAAAGUCGAAAGCGGGAGGGAAUGCGGGAAAGAAGCAAAAGUUCAAGAAGUGAACCCUUAAGAUCCAGUUUGGUUAAGUGUAGAGUAAGCCAUAUAGUUGGGGUAGUCCCGACCCGAUUACCUGUUUUAUAUUGAGAACUGUCUUAGCUAAGAAUUAUCGAUUGAACUACAACAGUGCUGUAAUUAACGAUCAGAUUCAAUAAACGCUAAGCUCGGACUAAUGUAGUCACUAGGCGGGUUUAUCCGAGUUUAA